GGGAAGGGAAGUCGAUGGGUUCUCGAAUCGCUGCCCCUGGGUUUCGGUUUUUCUUUGCACGGGAUUUGGUCACUGGUUUUCCGUCUUUGGUUUGUCGAACGCAUCCCGCCCUCCCCAUUCUCUUCCCCACUCCUUGGAUCCAGCCCUGGGCGUUCACGUCAGCCCUCUUACCCCGCCGUAAGCCCCCUCCCGGCCCCCGGGCGGCCCUGGCGCGGAGGCGGUAACUAUGGAGAACAUGGCGGAGGAGGAGCUGCUGCCCCCGGAGAAGGAGGAGGUGGCCCAGGUCCUGACCCCGGCCCCGGACUCGGCUCCGGUCCCAGCUCCGGCCCCAGACUCGGCUCCGACUCCGGCCUCGGCUUCAGCCCCAGCCCUUGCCCAGGCUGCGGCCCUGUCCCCGUCCCUAGCCUCUGUCCCAGAGGAGGCUGAAAGCAAGAGACACAUCUCAAUUCAAAGGCAACUUGCUGAUCUAGAGAAGUUAGCUUUGGUAACUGAAGGAGAUUUUGACUCUGCCAGUUCACUGAACUCUGAUAAUCUUGAUGCAGGAAACAAACAGGCUUGCCCAUUGUGUCCUAAUGAAAAAUUCAGAGCUUGUAACAGUCAUAAACUUCGUCGGCACCUUCAGAAUUUACACUGGAAAGUCUCAGUUGAAUUUGAAGGUUACAGGAUGUGCAUCUGUCACUUACCUUGUCGACCAGUAAAACCAAACAUUAUUGGAGAACAGAUAUCCAGUAAAAUGGGAGCCCAUUAUCAUUGUAUCAUUUGUUCAGCAACAAUCACCAGAAGAACUGAUAUGCUAGGACAUGUUAGGCGCCAUGUGAAUAAAGGAGAGACUAAGUCCAGUUAUAUUGCUGCCUCUACUCCUAAACCAUCUAAUGAAAUUUUGAAAGAAGCAGACACAGAUGUACAAGUUUGUCCUAACUAUUCCAUACCUCAGAAAACAGAUUCUUAUUUUAAUCCCAAAAUGAAACUAAAUCGACAACUAAUAUUCUGUACAUUGGCUGCUUUGACUGAGGAACGCAAACCUUUGGAAUGUCUAGAUGCUUUUGGAGCCACCGGUAUAAUGGGAUUGCAGUGGGCAAAACAUCUUGGAAAUGCAGUCAAAGUUACAAUUAAUGACUUGAAUGAAAACUCUGUAACACUGAUUCAGGAAAACUGCCAUUUAAACAAAUUGAAAGUUGUGGUAGACAGUAAAGAAAAGAAAGAGAGUGAUGAUAAUCUUGAGGAAGGAGAAGAAAAUCUUGGUAACAUUAAAGUGACCAAAAUGGAUGCCAAUGUACUAAUGCAUUUGAGAUCUUUUGAUUUCAUACACCUAGACCCUUUUGGAACAUCCGUGAACUACCUAGAUUCUGCUUUCAGAAAUAUAAGAAACCUUGGCAUAGUAUCAGUGACUUCUACAGAUAUCAGUUCCUUAUAUGCCAAAGCACAACAUGUUGCACGACGUCACUACGGGUGUAAUAUUGUCCGAACAGAAUAUUACAAGGAACUAGCAGCCAGAAUUGUUGUAGCGGCGGUGGCAAGAGCUGCAGCCCGGUGUAACAAAGGCAUAGAAGUACUGUUUGCAGUGGCUCUGGAACAUUUUGUUUUGGUGGUUGUAAGAGUUUUGAGGGGACCUACUUCUGCAGAUGAAACAGCCAAAAAGAUUCAGUACUUAAUCCAUUGUCAGUGGUGUGAAGAAAGAAUUUUUCAGAAGGAUGGUAACAUGGUGGAAGAAAACCCAUAUAGACAGUUGCCAUGUAACUGUCAUGGAAGCAUGCCUGGAAAGACAGCAAUAGAACUUGGACCACUGUGGUCAAGUUCCCUUUUCAAUACUGGAUUCCUCAAAAGAAUGUUAUUUGAAUCUGUUCACCAUGGAUUGGAUGACAUUCAGACCCUAAUAAAAACAUUAAUUUUUGAAUCAGAGUGUACGCCUCAGAGUCAGUUUUCAGUUCAUGCACCUUCAAAUCUCAGCAAGCAAGAAGAAAAUGGUGUAUCUGUUAAAACUACAGAUGAUACCACAACAGAUUACAGUGCCCAAGGAAAGAGAAAAAGUAACGAAAUGAUUACAAAUGUAGUCAAGAAGCAAAAGACUGAUGUCAUUACUGAGCAUCCUCCCUUCUAUUACAACAUCCACAGACACAGCAUUAAAGGAAUGAACAUGCCAAAGCUAAAAAAGUUUUUGUGCUAUCUUUCUCAAGCAGGCUUUCGAGUAAGCCGAACUCAUUUUGACCCAAUGGGUGUCCGUACCGAUGCACCUCUGAUCCAGUUUAAAUCUAUCCUUUUAAAGUACAGCACCCCCACUUACACUGGAGGACAAUCAGAAGGCCAUCUCCAGUCAGCAGCAGAGGAUACAGUAGCCGACAGGGUUGAAAUGUCAGUGAAUGACAAAGCUGAAGCAAGUAGCUGCAGAAGAUGGUAAACAAGAGGGGGCAGGGGAUUUAGCUCAGCGGCACAGCGCCUGCCUGGCAAGCACGAGGUCAUGAGUUCAAUUUCCGGUACCGGGAAAAAAAAAAAAUGGUAAAUAGAAGGAAAAAUUUAUUCUCAGGUGUCUGUAUAGAUGGCUCAGUGUUUCUCUAUGCCAACUGUAGUUCUUUUUCUAUUGUUUCAAUUCAGUGGUAUGAAAAUAAACAGUGCUGCUUUCAUUCAGAAAAUUAGCAGUUUCUAACUUAGCUGGUUUGGGAGCUUUUCAAGUUUUUCUUAUUUUAAAGAAAACUUAAAAUUUUAAUGGAAACAUGUCAUAUGAAGCAAAGGUUCUGACUGAGAUCACCCUACUAUUUAGUAAUUCAGUUAACUUUCACAUGCUUAGUGUUCACAAUUCAUGUAUACUGUAGAAACUGUCCUUUACCAUUCUUUUUUUCCUUUUUUUUCCCUUCUUUAGUGCUGCAGAUCAAACCCUGGGGCCUCAUACAUUGCUAGGCAGGCACUUAACCACUGAGCUACAUCCUCAGCCAUUUUUUUUUAAGACAGGAUCUUGCUGUGUCACCCAAGCUUGCCUGGAAAUCGUGGGCCUAAUCAUUCCUGCCUUAGCCUCCUGAGUAGCUGGAACUACAGAUGUGUGCCACCAUACCCAUGUUAGGCUUUAUUAUUCUUAAUCAUGUUUCUACCUGAACUGAUCCAUGGUAUUUGUUUUUCUGUGGUUAGUAUACAAAUGAAAACAAAACCUUUUACUUAGCAAAAUGACCCUGAGUAAAACAUUCUUCCAGGUCAUUGAUGUGUUUCACAAAUAUAAAGCUAAAAUACCUUCCCGUUUUUAACAAAUCAUAUUCCACACACUGGUCAGACACAGGGUGCUGAGUUUGAUUCGCAGUACCACCCCUCCAAGAAAAAGAAAGUAAAUAGUUGCCUGAGACAGAAUACAUUUUUUACAGGUAUGUAAUCUAGAUGACCAAACUUCAGUGUAAAAUUUUUGUCAAACACACUAAGACCAGUGUUCUAAUAUAAUUGUUCACAAAUACUAAAAUCUCAAGGAGGGAUUUUAUUGUGAAUUAAACAGGUUGGGUGAUCUCAAGUGCCUCAGUUAAUGCAUGUCCAGUAUCCAUUUGAUUAGUUGUGCUACCUACCAAUCAGAAGUAAAAACUGUCAUCUUACAAAGUGAAGAUUUUUUUGGUUUUGGAAUUGUUUUUCUUUGGUUGGCUUUUCUAGUUUUGUUGUAUGUGUAUAUUUGUGUAAAGUUUUUGUAAUAGUUGCCCAGGCUAACAUAAUUAUAAAAAUCAGUUGGAAAAAAAA